AUGGCUAUAGGAACAAUGACAAAGAGCUUGGUUCACCUUUACAGGGAGCUGACCGCUUGGGGAUUUGGUCUGAAGGAGAGUCGGAAAGUAGCCGUCACAAAGUUUAUGAAUUAUAUCUGUGCUCAGCUCGUAAGAGAAAGACUCGAAAAACGGUUUUUCAUGCCAUUCACCGCUGAAGAACGAAGAUGUAUAAUGUCUUGCAAGUAUUAUUUUGGUAUGAGAAUCAAAACUUCUGCUGUUUGUCCGGAGAUGAACUAUGCUCAACGAGUAUCAAUGAGAGAAGCACUAGGAGAUCUCCUGCAUCAUUGGAUUUUCUUUGGGCCAGGCAAGAACAUGAGACUAGCAGUUCGUCCAGAUAUCAUAUUCUGUAAAGUUUAUACACAUCAUAGCAGACUCAGAAAAGUUUAUGAUGGUAGACGAAGGGGUUUCAGUGUUUAG